CAGCGCGAGCCCGCCUGCCUCAUGCGUGAGAACGAGGAGCUGCGGGAGAAGGCGACCCUCCGCUACGAGGAGCGCAUCACCGAGCUGCACAGCGUCAUCGCCGAGCUCAACAAGAAGAUCGACCGGCUGCAGGGGUCAACUAUUCGCGAGGAGGAUGAGUACCUGGAGCAGGAGUCGGAGCUCAGCGCGAGCCAGGCGGACGGUCUGGACGACUCGCAGAGCCUGGAGCAGGAGGAGACGCCGUCGCUGCCCGAGAACCAGUCCACGAUGGUGGCGGCCGAUGCCGACGGGAGCAGCGACCUGAACUCGGAGCUGCAGCGCGUGCUCUCGGGCCUCGAGAGCGCCGUGUGCGGCCGCAAGAAGAGCGGCUGCAGCAUCUCCGCCGCCGAGGUGGAGCGGCACAUGGACCAGCUGACGGCCGCCAGCGAGCACUGCGACCUCGCCAUCAAGACGGUGGAGGAGCUGGAGGGCGAGCUGGGCCAGGACGUGUACCCGAGCGUGGCGGAGGAGCGGGCGCGCUGGGAGAAGGAGCUGGCCGGCCUGCGGGACGAGAGCGCCGGCCUGGCCGCCCGCCUGUGCAGCAGCGAGGACGAGCUGGGCCGCACCCGGGCCUCGGCAGCCGCCGUGCGCGAGGAGCGCGACCGCCUCCGCCGCCGGGUGCGCGAACUGCAGACUCGCCUGCAGAGCGUUCAGGCGGCGGCGCCGGCCAGCCCCGGCCGCCUGGGCCCCACGAGCCGAGCGGUCAACCCCAGCACGGGCGAGCUGAGCACGAGCAGCAGCAGCAACGACCUGCCCGUCGCCAAGGUGGCGGAGCGAGUGAAGUUGUCCAAAACGCGUCUGGAUUCCGGCUCGCCCGCCGACAGGCCUGUGCUGGGCUCCGAAAUCAGCAGCAUCGGGGUGUCGAGCAGCGUGGCGGAGCACUUGGCGCACUCGCUGCAGGACUGCUCUAACAUCCAGGAGAUCUUCCAGACGCUCUGCUCGCACGGCUCCUCCGUGUCGGAGAGCAAGCUGCGGGAGUUCGAGGUCGAGAUGGAGCGGCUCAACAGCCGCAUCGAGCACCUCAAAUCUCAGAACGACCUGCUGACGAUCACGCUGGAGGAGUGCAAGAACAACGCGGAGAGGAUGAGCAUGCUCGUGGGCAAGCACGAGUCCAACAGCACCGCCCUGCGUCUCGCCCUGCAGUACAGUGAGCAGUGCAUCGAGGCGUACGAGGCCCUCAUGGCGCUGGCUGAGAGCGAGCAAGGCCUCAUCCUGGGACAGUUCCAGGCCGCCGGAGUCGGCUCCGUAGCUGAGCAACCGAGCGGCGGUGGUGGCGGCGGCAGCGCCGAGGACGCGUCGCGGGCGCUCCGGAAGGCCCGCGAGGGCCGCCGGGUGGCGGAGGCGGCGGCCCGGGCCCUGCUGGCCAGGCUGGACGGGGUGUGCGGCGCGCCGGGCGCCGUGGGCGGCGCCCAGCCCUGGGAGAGCCUCUCCUCGCACAGCCAGACCAGCACGACGAGUUCGACAGCGAGCAGCUGCGACGCGGACCUGAGCAAGGAGGACGAGCAGCGGCUGCGCGACUACGCGCAGCAGCUGCGAGCCGACUGCGCCGCCGUGACGCUCACCAUGCUGGAGCUGGAGAGCGUGCACCUCGACGCGCUGAGCUGCGACGUGAAGUCGCGCGGCGACGGCACCCGCCUCGACCUCGAGAACGCCGUGCUCAUGCAGGAGCUCAUGGCCAUGAAGGAGGAGAUGGCAGAGCUGAAGGCGCAGCUCUACCUCGUGGAGAAGGAGCGGAAGGCGCUGGAGCUGAAGCUGAGCACGCGCGAGGCCCAGGAGCAGGCCUACCUCGUGCACAUCGAGCACCUCAAGUCCGAGGUGGAGGAGCAGCGCGAGCAGCGGAGUCGCUCGCUCGGCUCCGGCAGCGGCGGCACCGGCGGCACCGGCGGCGGCACCGGCGCUCGUCUCAAGACGCCCAAGGAGAACGGAGAGACGCUGACCGCGGCGAUCACUCUGGCCGAACUCCGCUCGCCGCUUCACGACAACGACCUGGCUAACGAGCUCUCCGAUGCCCUCCACAGGGAGAAGAAGCUGAAGGUCCGUGUGCAGGAGCUGGUGGCGGCGCUGGAGAAGCUGACGCGGAGCAGCGAGAUCAGGCACCAGCAGUCGGCCGAGUUCGUCAAUGACCUCAAGCGAGCCAACAGCAACCUGAUAGCGGCGUACGAGAAGACGAAGAAGAAGUACCAGAGCAAGGUGAAGAGGCUGGAGGCGCAGAUGGUGUCCAUGGUGGAGCGCCACGAGACGCAGGCGCGGAUGCUCAAGCAGCGCAUCGCCCUCCUGGAGGAGGAGAACGCUCGCCCGCCCGCCAACGAGACGUCGCUGUGACCGCGGCCGGCGGGCGGCGACCGGCGGGGGGCAACCAACGACGGGAAACAGCGGUGGCCGCAACGGCGGCGGCAACACCAUUGGCGGCAACACCGGGGGCAAGAACAACGGCAGCACGUGGGGUGCCCGCCAAGGACUGCUCGCCGCUCCAUCACCGCGACACGCACACACACACACAAAAAAGACAAAGAUGCCCCGUGUAGCCUGUAACAGACUGUAGGGGCAAGUGCUGUUAGCGAGUAGCACCUUAUGAAGGCUGGCACGGCGCACGAGGGGGGGGUGGGUGGCACAGAGAUGCACGUGUUGCCUGCGCUCCCGGGAAACGCGCAACGCUGGGCCAACGUCGGGCCCGUCGCGUUGGGCCAAUCGCGCGAGGUUCGGAUGCGUUUGGCCACCAGCGUUGGCCCAACGUGUUCCAUGCCACACUGGGGGGGGGAGGGGUGAGGGGGGGGGGUUACUCGGCCGGCCACUCACAGAGGUUAGCUGCGGGGUUUUCGAAUUCAGAAAUCUGCGGCACAUCGGCCCUGGUUUGUCCCAGGGCCAAUGUGCCGCUUCCGCAUAUUUUUCACAUUUCGAAAAAAUUGAAAAAAGUUGCCAGUCGGAUGCGUCCCCUCGCCGCCCCACCGCUGUUGUAGGCUGUCGGGGCGCACGCUGUUAGCAAGCGCCUAUUAAGGCCAGCACAGAGCACACCAGGGGAGCGGCGGGGGGUGGUGCCGGCCAGCGUUGCGGCUGACGCUGCUCCCUCUGGUGUCGAUGUUCACCGUACGCCAUCGGGAGCUCUUUUUUUCAGGCCGAGUGGACCUAGAGGAGGUGCGGGCAGGGUUUGUAGAUAUAUGGCCACUUUUGCCGUGUGCGGGUUAAGAGACGGAAUGCGGGACAAACGGGAUUGGAUCGCGGUGCGCGAAUCGCUGUGACACAGCGCACAGAUGCUCGCGUGCAAAAUGCAAAAGACAAAUUUCCCCCCAAUGGCCUUCGACAGUCCGCUGGGGCGGAAUCUGUGAGCGAGCAGCCAUUCAGGCCGACACGGCACACGAGGGGGUGGGUGGCCAGCAUCCACGCCCGGCCGUCUUUGUCUCCCCAAUGCUGAUGUUUUACACACACUGCACCAGGUACUCAAUGUCAGGCGCAGGACCGGUUCGGAUAUUCGUCACUGAUGUGGGCUGUGAGCUGGAAUUAGAACUCGGGUCGCUGGGUUCGUCACGCGCUGCGCUAACCGCAGUGCCACCGCUCACGUGCAAACACACGUGCAGACACGCGCGCAUUUCUGUACAAAUAUGGGUGUGUAUUGCAUGCAUCCCAAUUUAACUGAUAACCUGCAGCUUUGUUAACCGGAUUUCCAAUUAAUUUCCUGGUCAAAUUAAGUGCCAUUUACUCGAUUUAAAGAUUGUAAACUCAAUAGAAGGUUAAAAAAAAUGUUCCUACUAAAAGUAUUCCUACUCGUGAACAAGGUGAAAAAGAAACACGCAUUUAUAUUUUUUGGCGAGUGAACACACGGAGGAUUUGGCGAAUACGUCUUUAGUGCGAUAAAAGUUCCACCUUUGACAGAUCGCAUCCAAUCAGAAGGUUACUUUGCAAUACGCAGAACGCGACAGGUGCCGUCCAAUCACAGGCAGCGACGAUCGGGAAGCUGCUGUGAAAUGCGCAACACGUGACAGGUUCCGUCCAAUUGCCGGUGGCUACAAUCACGACGUUGGUGUAAAAGCACAGAGCGGCACACAAUGGCCAGUUAGUAGUCGUUACAGAGACGACGAUUGUGAGUACGUCGGGAAAAGCAGCAAUGUUGAAGUGCAAGGCGAUCAGUUUGAAAACUAAUUUUUGUAAAACUGAUUUUUGUGUAUUCUUGGUUCUUCCGGUAAAGUCACGUAGAAGGGAAAUCAUAACAUAAAAUUUAAAAAAUAAAAUUCUCACGACGUUUCCAUUGCAACACAAACAAUCAUCAUCCUUGAUGAUGAGAAUUGUAUUGUUUUAAAUAUAAUUAUUUUAUUAUUUCCCUUCUACGUGACUUUACCGAAAGAACCAAGAAUAUGAAUCCCUGCAGUCACGAAAGCUUUAAAUUGCUUUUUGUGUGUUUAGUUUGUCGUCCUUCACCCGCACCUCCGGUUAGCCCUGGUUGGCUACGUACGGUGCGAAAGAAGUUCAACAUACCAUACCCACACCUCCGGUUAGCGCGGUUGGCCACGCACGUACAGACGGUCUUCAGCGGGUAAUUCCAGUCCAGUAUUUGCCGAUAUAUUUUGCGUUUGUGGGCCGUGAAUGCAGGCAAAACGGAUUUCUCUCCCCUUUUGGAAUGGCAUCGCGGGAUCUUCAACGUGCCAGUAUAAACACACACGCGCAGUAUUAGCCACGUCCCGUUCCGGUGACGCCUGCAAGUUGCAGGAUGUUUUUUUUAAGACGUCGUUACUCGCCGCAGAGAACCACGGUGGACGUGAUCGCCGCCACUCUAUGAAGAGCCAGCGCCAAAACUGCCCCGUACCCUGUCCCGCGUGGCCUUUCAUUCCCGAUUCCCGUUCCGUUCACGUCCAACUACGUGAACGGAAUGGAAUCAGAAACUGAACCGUACGUGCGUGUACGCCACCGUGCGUCAUCGUACGCGUACGCUAUCCAUUUUUCUUCCGAUUCCGUUUUGAUGACGUACACAUACGUACGUGUACGUCAUAUGUCACGUAGGAUGACGUAUACUGACGACCACGUAGGAUGACGUACACAUACAUAUGUGUACGUCAUAGUACACGCACGUCAGCCCAUGUCACGUAAGAUGACGUACACCGAAGAUCACCUAGGAUGACGUACACGUACGUACGUGUACGUCAUUGGAACGGGUUAAAGAGUUAACCAGGUCGGCCUGCCGGGUUCCGAGCCUCGAACCUCUGUCAAAAGCGGCACACCCCUGGGCCGCGUCGUCGCCCCCGAUGAAAUAACGAUCGCGAUUGUUUUUUUUUUUUGUUACGUCACGCCCUUUGCGUUCAGGGUGUCCUCGGCCAUUGUAACUUUCGCCAACUUGUGCGACGAGCGUUCGUCUGCGUUUAAUCGCGCUUCAAACGAAACUAAAAGGCUCCUUUCGGGGAGAAGGAAAAAAUUGGCGGAGAUAUUUCCCCCACGUUGGUGGCCAAUUCGGCCGCCAAACGCCACAUCUCUGGCUGGCGCCAGCCGUCCGGCGUCUCUGCAUCGCGGCUGCCUGCGAUCCACCGCUGCGCAGAGGGGAGGUUGGUGGUUCACCGCACCUUCCCGUCGGCGUCGAGGAGGAGCCGUAACCCCCUGAUCUCGCCAGGAGAGGGCAGCGCAGCAAAGGGUGGACCAAUCUCCACCAUUAUUCCAUCCGUACGGGGAACAGAACGUUGGCCCCUCGCCAGAGGUCGCAACCGGGUACCCAAUACCCGCACCCUACCCGAUACCUGGCUACCCGUACCCGGCCGGGUUCGGGUACGGGUACCCGUUUGCGACCCUGGUGCGGCCGGGUACGGGUAGGCCGUGAGUCACUGGUGAGUCACCGUUUGUCACUCAUUUCGGGUAGCGCACGGGUACGGCCGGGUACGGGUAUGGUACAGGUACCCAUUUGCGACCCUGGUGCGGCCGGGUACGGGUACGGAAUCAAAACCCGUUUCCGACCUCUGCCCCUCGCUCACACGCGUGGGUUUUCCCUCCGGGUGAUUCAGGUUUGCUCCCGCGUGCAGAAAUAAAAACCACUCGCAUCGUAAAUCGGCUCAGACCGUCUUAAAAUAAAAUAAAUCCCCAAUGUAGCAGGACCAUCCUGAAACGAGUCACUGGAGCUCGUUUUGGCUUUACUGGAUGCAUGGAAGGAGGGAUAAGAAAUGAAUAGCAGUGGUCGUCUUAAAAUUCUGAUGCCAGCUUUCGCUGUGGGCAUGGAGUGCGUGCAACACACAACGGGGCGGGCACGUCCACGCGGAGAGCAGCGCUUGUAAUUAAUGUAAAUAUAAGCCUCGACUUGCAAACCAACUUUUGCACGCACAGGAGUAUGCAAGAGAUUCGUAGGAAGUCAUUUCAAGUUACGCGCGUGCGUGCGCGUGUGUGUGUGCGCACGUGUGUGUGCGUGUGUGUGCGCGUGCAUGUGUGCGUGUGUGUGCGUGUGUGUAUGUGUGUGCGCGUGCAGCGCUCGGCAGGGCGAGAGACGUGCAUCUCGCGACGUGACGAUUGACGAAUCGGGAAUGCGUUCAAUCUCUCGCGCGUACGACCCUGCGCCCGCGCGCGUACCGGCAGCGGUGCGUCUCCCCCC